AUGUCUGACGACGUGCUAGAUACUCAAUCUCAAAUCAACUACAAAUCCCUCCAGUAUCUCCUCCAAGAACUUGUCCCAACAUCUAUCAGAGUCUCAGCACAACUCCAGAAUACAUCGGAUACAUUGAAAUCAGCAGAUUGCGAUAUCCAAACCCGAAUUGAUACUCAGCUUUCCACACAAGUGUUGACGAAUACAAAAACCACGGGUAACAUCAAUAGCAAUGACAAUACAAAUUCCAAUGCUGAUAUAGCUACCUCCUCUACUGUUAACAAUCCCAAUACGGCGGAUCUUCCGGGAACAAUUCACAUAUUUGACUCGUAUUUGAUACACUCUGAUGAAACAACAAUUCGCAUCGACACUUAUGGCUACAAUUUGGGCCUCAAGAUAGCCGAGAUUCUCCUUUACAAGAACUCCAAGACAAAGAUUCUCGAUACAUUGGAUAUAAUGAAGUUUAUUUGCCGAGAUGUAUGGAAAUGCUUUUUUGACAAGCAAAUGGAUAAUCUACGAACAAACCAUCGUGGGACAUAUGUUUUGGUGGAUAACAACUUCAAAUUGAUCACUACACUAAAUAGCGCAAAAGGACUACAGGACACUGUAACAAAAGCAAAAGCAUAUCUUUGGUUCCCUUGUGGGGUGAUUCGAGGCAUCUUGAUGAGUUUUGGCGUGGAGGCAAACGUGUCAGCGGAAAUCACACAAUUCCCAGCAGUGAUUUUCAACGUUAGGCAAUAG